AGAAAGGGGAAAAAAAAGGGCGGGGAAAGAAACUUGAGGAGGAAGUGAUCAGUUUGAAUCAGAAUCAUCUGAUGGACGAUCCAGAUGAGUCGGACCCGCGUGGAAACAUUCAAAAAGACAAUAUUCCAGAUUUAGCAUCAAUAAACAAGCGUUAGUUUGAAGCUGUCGGCAGAGAUGGACGUCGGCGCUAAGGUGUCGUGUAUCCUCUGUCAUCGCUCCGAAGAGACGGUGACGACCGGAGCCUUGUCCAACAAAGACCAGGUCACCGCUCAUCAGAACUGUCUGUUAUAUUCCUCUGGUCUGUACUGUGAGAACUCGCCGCUGUCCGACGACCUGUUUGGUUUCUCCGUGCAGGACGUGCUGGAUGAGGUCAAACGAGGAAGAAAACUGAAUUGUAACAAAUGCAAGAGGAAAGGCGCCACCGCCGGGUGUGAAGUCCGCAGCUGUUCGAAGUCCUACCACUACCCCUGUGCCGUUCAAAGGGGAGCCAAGAUCAUUGAAGAUCCAGUCAAGGGGAAAUACGGGUUAUUCUGCUUCAAACACCACGAACAACCACAGAGAGCAGAAAACGAUGGUUUGGUAAAUGGACUCAACUUUUAUUCACCAAAAGCUGGAACCUCCAAAAGUCUCAACAGAGCAGGAUCAUCUAAGGUUUACUGUCUCGCCUGUGAGAAGACAGAGGGAAACAUCCGCUCGGAAAGUUUGUCUAAUACCAUAAUCAUGUUGUCCUGUGACCAACAUGCUCCUUCAUCACAUCAGAGGAACGUUAAUGACGAUCCCGCGGUGGCCGGACCGUCGGGUCACAGCAGCGCCCCAUCCGGCAGUUCCACACAUCUGCCCUCCAAGAGACGGUUGAGUGUAAAUGACAAACAGGAGAUGAGUCCCUCCAAGCGUAAACGCGAAGGCUGGGCGAGGAGAAUAUCUGACAUUUCUUCCUCAGAUGAGAAUGAACCGAACACACAGAUGGAAAUCUUCGCCCCUUUAGAGUCAGACUUGGAAGAAAGUGCAAAUUCUGCUCCAGAGCACCAAUUUGUCAGAACCGAGAGAGUCAGUCCCACAGAACCUCCCUCAGGAAUCAACCUGGAGGAUGAGAGUACAAAUAAAGAUGAAGAUGAAAUUACAAUCCAUUCCGAUAACGAGUCACAGAGUCUGCUGCCUCCUGUCGUUCCACCCAGUUCUGCACUCACACCUCCAGCGUCGUCACCGGCGCGGACCAAAGUCACUCUGGUCUGGUCCGUGGGCAGAGAAGAUCAAGGGUUCAGUCCUAAGCAGAACCCCGUCCACAGUCCCGAUCAACAAACCGCUGGACCCUCUGUCCCGCGGCAGACCUCCGCCGUGCCCCCUCCCUCUCCCGACCGCCCCCGAGCCCGCGGUGAUACCGGCACCGGCUCGGCCAUUUCCCCGGCUCCGCCUGAAACCGCCAGCGUCGCCCUGGUCUCCUCCGCUCCCUCUCCCGCGGCCCCUCCCAUUGACCCGGAGGAGCCCAGCGUGGACUCCCCGAGCUUCUGGAGAAGCUGCAACGCGGCCGGAUGUACUCGGGCCAUCUUUACCCAUUUCAUUAAUGAGAUGAACGACAUCUCCAACAGAAUCCAGUCAGACCAGGCCAGUCAGGAGGAUUACGAUCGCGCGCUGAGAGUGAUGGCGGCGUCUGGGAAGCUGGAAGAUCUUGUGGCCGAGCAGCAGAAAGAGUUACAGCAGAAACAAAUGGAGCUGACGAAGGCAGCAGCUGCGAUGUCAAAGGUCGUCUCAGCGCUGAGGAGAUGAGUCUGUCGGCAGCUGCUGAACAUCAGUUUACUUUUAUAAACUACGUUUUAUUAUUCUCACCGAUACUUUUAAGUGUUUUUUUAUUUUUAUUGAUUAAUGUGCUUUAAUGUUUACAGCAGCAGAGGGCUGGAUAUACGGUACAACUGUCCACUUGUAAGUUUAAAAUACUGAAUCCUGCGAUGUGAUGAUAUUGAAGAUGCAGUUACAGAAAUGUCAUUUUGAAAUAAGUUUGGAAAAAUGGAUUUCAAAAUAUUUACUGAACAUGAAGAAUUUGAACGAAUGUGAAACAAUGUCCAACCCAGCAAACUGAAUUAAGCUCUGCCAAAAUGUGUUUUGAAGCAUGUUUCUGCUUAAACUUUUCUUCACUGUUUAGUCUGAAAAACAACUUACUGAUAAAAUCUGUUAUGUGAAAUGUC